UUAAAAGCAAACGGAAUUUUUUACUUUUGUUUUUUUUGUUUUUUGUUAUCGCAACAAUACAAUACUUUAUCUUGGUUGUUUUGAUCAGGGUGGGGUCUGGUGCGACGGCCGGAUCUGUGGAAUCCGAUGGAGACGGCGGCUAAGCCUCUGAAAGUCACGUUCAAUGGGGCGGCCAACCACUGGACCGACGCGCUUCCCAUUGGCAACGGCCGCCUUGGAGCCAUGGUCUGGGGCGGUGUCGCGUCUGAGACUCUCCAGCUCAAUGAUGACACACUCUGGACUGGGACACCAGGCAACUACACUAACCCUAAUGCUCCAGAGGCUCUAUUAGAGGUCAGAAAACUUGUUGACAAUGGUAAAUACGCAGAAGCUACUGAAGCGGCCAUCAAGUUGACUGGAAAUCUAGCUGAGGUUUACCAACUUCUUGGUGACAUCAAGCUGGAGUUUGAUGCUUCCCAUCUUACAUAUGCUGAAGAAACGUACCACAGAGAGUUGGACUUGGAUACUGCGACAGUACGAGUAAAAUAUUCUGUGGGUGAUGUAGAAUUUACAAGGGAACACUUUGCUUCCAAUCCUGAUCAAGUGAUUGUGACAAAGAUUUCUGGAAGCAAACCAGGGUGUCUAUCAUUCUCAGUGUCUCUAGAUAGCAAGUUAGAUCAUCAUUCUUACAUUAAUGACAAAAAUCAGGUUAUUAUGGAAGGAAGCUGUCCUGGUGAAAGGUUGCCCCCAGCAAGGGAUGCAAAUGGCAAUUCAAAGGGAAUUAAGUUUUCUGCAGUUCUUGAUUUACAGAUUAGUGAUGGCAGAGGUGUGAUUCAUGUUUUGGAUGACAAGAAGUUGAGGGUUGAGGGUUCAGAUUGGGCUAUUUUGCUUUUAGUCGCUUCAUCUUCAUUUGAUGGGCCAUUCAUGAAGCCUUUAGAUUCUAAAAGGAAUCCCACAGCAGAGUCUAUCAGUGCAUUGAAACGAAUUAGGGAUUUGUCAUACUCUGAUCUUUAUGCACAUCAUCUGGAUGAUUAUCAGAAUCUUUUUCAUCGUCUCUCACUGCAGCUUGCAAAACGCUCAAUAUCUGUUGGGUCUCUGGAGAAACAUGCAUCUGCAGCAACUGAUUUAUAUCUUGAAGGAUGUAAAGAUUAUACAGUUUCAACUGCAGAGAGAGUGAAAUCUUUUCAAACUGAUGAGGAUCCUUCCUUGGUGGAGCUUCUUUUCCAGUAUGGACGAUAUCUACUUAUUUCUUGUUCACGGCCUGGAACUCAAGUGGCAAACCUGCAGGGACUAUGGAAUAACGAACUUCAUCCAAAAUGGGACGGAGCUCCUCACUUGAACAUUAAUCUUGAAAUGAAUUAUUGGCCUUCCCUUCCUUGCAACCUUAGCGAGUGCCAAGAGCCGUUGUUUGAUUUCAUUUCCUCUUUGUCAAUUAAUGGGCGUAAAACCGCUGAAGUAAAUUAUGAAGCAAGUGGUUGGGUUGUACAUCAUAAGUCUGACAUUUGGGCAAAAACAUCAGCAGAUCAAGGUAAUGUUGAUUGGGCGUUAUGGCCGAUGGGUGGAGCAUGGCUUUGUACCCAUUUAUGGGAUCACUAUACCUAUACAUUAGACAAGGAUUUUCUUAAAGUCAAGGCAUAUCCUUUGUUGGAAGGAUGUGCAUGUUUUCUUUUGGAUUGGUUGAUCGAAGGCCGUGGAGGAUACCUAGAAACCAACCCUUCAACUUCUCCAGAGCAUGACUUUGUUGCUCCUGAUGGUAAGUCUGCUUCCGUGAGCUACUCGUCAACGAUGGACAUGGCAAUCAUAAAAGAAGUUUUUUCUGCUGUUGUUUCUGCUUCUGAGGUUCUGGGGAGGAAAGAGGAUUAUCUUGUUGAAAGAGUGCACAAGGCUCUACUAAGGCUUUAUCCAACAAAAAUUGCCGGAGAUGGUUCCAUUAUGGAGUGGUCUGUGUUAAGACAGGCACAAGAUUUUAAGGACCCAGAUGUGCAUCAUCGACAUCUUUCGCACCUAUAUGGGCUGUUUCCUGGGCACACAAUAACUGUUGAGAAAACUCCGGACCUCUGUAAAGCUGCAGAGGCUUCUCUCUAUAAACGGGGAGAGGAUGGUCCGGGAUGGUCAACUACAUGGAAAACUGCUUUGUGGGCGCGUCUCUACAACAGUAACAAUGCAUAUCGAAUGGUCAAGAAGUUGAUAAAGCUGGUGGAUCCAGAUUUUGAGAGACCAUUUGAAGGAGGACUGUAUGGUAAUCUAUUUGCAGCACACCCUCCUUUCCAGAUUGAUGCCAACUUUGGUUUCAUUGCAGCAGUUUCAGAAAUGCUUAUCCAGAGCACCAUAGAGGACCUGUACUUACUUCCUGCUCUUCCCCGGGAUAAAUGGACUGAUGGUUGUGUGAAAGGAUUGAGGGCGCGUGGUGGGGUGACAGUCAGCAUCUGCUGGAAAGAUGGCAAUCUUCAUGAAGUUGGUCUUUGGUCAAAGGACCAGAAUUCUUUAAAAAUGUUACACUACAGAGGAACUGUAGUCACAGCAAACAUAUUAUCUGGCAUAGUCUACACAUUCAAUUCACAGUUAAAAUGUGUGAAAAAAUACUCAGUCUAGAAGCAGCUUUUUCUUGGAUGUUAAGAUCAAUCAGAUUAUAGGAACAUUACUCAUAUUUUCCUAUUUAAUCUUAUAUUUUAUUUUUGGUGUU